AUGGUCUCAAAGAACAAAUGUGCAAAGGUGGCAACUCAGCCAGGCAGGCCUCUGUCCCUGAUGAAGCCAACAUACAUUUUUUGCCACGGGGGAAGGACCGCAGCAGCUGACCUGCCCGCAGGCGGCCUUAAGGGAAGCCCUUCGGAAGGGUUUUCGUUCUUUCCGGUUACCGUGACGUCUCUCUCUUUGGUUUCUUCCCCAGGUGUUUGUUUCCGAAUGUACACAGAAGAGGAAGCUAGGAAAUUAGGAGUGGUCGGCUGGGUUAAAAACACCAGCAAAGGGACUGUAACGGGCCAGGUUCAGGGCCCAGAAGAUAAAGUAAAUGCAAUGAAAUCCUGGCUGAGUAAAGUUGGAAGCCCAAGUUCUCGCAUAGAUCGAACAAACUUUUCUAAUGAAAAGGAAAUUUCCAAGCUUGAUUUCUCAGGAUUUAACACUAGAUACUAAUGGAGGAAAACAUAGCUAAACACAAAACUGUGAUGUUUCUGCUGCGUGAUAUUUCUGUGCCUCCGUAAAAUUGCACAAGACCAUUUUGAUGCUUUCUAUGCUAGACAUAAGUAUAAAUGGUCUCUAUUUACAUGAUAGAAGAAUUCUUAGUUGCUGUGUAAGACAUUACAUAACAUGAAUGUCAAUAUCUAAUACCUAAAAUGCCAAUAUCUAAUUUAUUGUAUCAUGAAAGCUAGACAAAAGGUUAAAAGUAUCACUGACUGUUUGUGCACUGUGAGAUUUGUUAUGCAUAAACAUAUGUAACCUAACCUUUAUGCCGUAAAGGAUUCAUAUUUCAGAUGCAGAAUAAUAAUCAAUUUAUGUUCUGCUAUUUGUGAUUUCACCAAAAUAUUUAAAUACGUUACACUUUAAACAGAACUGGAACAUUGAAUGAUAAAUUCUAACAGCUUUGUAUUGUAAAUCAUAUUGUUUGUAAUAAUUAGUUAAGAUGUAGCAGUAAUAUAAAAUAAAUGUACAUUGCUUCAGAAACUAA